GUCGCCCACCACCAUCUCACACCCCCUCCCCGUCUUCUCCACCUCAAGCCCCACCCCACGAGCAAUGUCUGACCUCUGCCCCGUCUACGCUCCUUUCUUCGGCGCCAUGGGCUGCACCUCCGCGAUUGUGUUCACGUGUAUCGGCGCCAGUUACGGCACCGCCAAGUCAGGAGUCGGCAUCUCUGCGAUGGCCGUCCUCCGGCCGGACCUCAUGAUGAAGAACGUCGUCCCGGUCAUCAUGGCUGGUAUCAUCGCCAUCUACGGCCUCGUCGUCUCGGUGCUCAUCUCCGCAAACUUGGAGGCGCGGAUGUCGCUCUUCCAGGGCUUUAUCCAGCUCGGUGCCGGGCUCUCGGUCGGGCUUGCGGGCCUUGCGGCUGGCUUCGCCAUCGGUAUUGUCGGCGACGCGGGUGUCCGCGGAACCGCGCAGCAGCCACGGCUGUUCGUUGGGAUGAUCCUGAUUCUCAUUUUCGCUGAAGUCUUGGGCCUGUACGGUCUCAUCGUUGCCCUGAUCAUGAACACCAAAGCGACGUCGAGCGGUGUCGCCUGCGCGUGAGCUAAGCGCGGAGCCGAUGUCAGACGAGAGGUGACGGGAAUCGUUGCGGAACACGAUCGACGGACAGGCUCGCUUCCCUACGCAGUCCACGUUGCC